GAGCAAGGCAAGCGCUAAAUUCAAAAAUUUCAAACAGCUGUGCAGCGCGUGGCGUCUUGAAGAGACUAGAGAACCUUUUGCUCCCUUUUCAGACAAAUAAAAAUAGGAUUGUGUUGUAAUUUAGGCUAAACGGAGUAUAUAUCGGGAUGGAUCCAUUUACUGAGAAACUUUUGGAGCGCACACGGGCUCGUAGAGAGAAUCUCCAGAGGAAGAUGGCGGACAGACCUACAUCGGCCAACAGAUCAAUGGCAAAAAGGACAAGAGAGCCACUCACAGAUACAAACAGUGUCAUUAGUGAGCCCCCCAUUGAAAAAGCACUUCCAUCCUCUAAGCAAUCUCCCUCAAAGCGUCACUGUUCAGAUGAGAAUACACUUAUCACUGGGGAAGAAAACAAGCACCAAGUGGGCACACAUUUUAAAGCCUCUGAGCCCAUGACAGACAAGAAGCCACCCCUGGCACCAAGCAGUGCUCGCCCUCUGCCAGUGGAGCAAAAGGUUGCUCAUUGUGUCCCAGAACCAGAGAUGCUGCCCAUUCGCCCUCCUCCAGACACUGAAAAGAUUGUGGUGUGCCCUCCACAAUCUCCUGCAAAGAGCAAAUAUAAUGUGAUGAAGCAUUCUGCUCUAGAUGGAGCCAGAGAGACUCCUAUGGCAAUACCGGCCCCCACUGCCAUGAGAUCACGUUUACAGAGACUUGCUGAACAGAGGCAGUACUGGGAUUCUGAGGGUAGGCCGUUAUCUGUGACUACCUGGAUACAUGGGACCUCAGAGACGGUUCCAGAGAGCAUAGUGGUAUCUCCUUUAAAGUCUCAGAAAGAGGAGCUGCCUCCUACAUCCACAAACUCUGGGUUCCCCAUUGGAAGAAAGGGUAGAUUAGCAAACCUCGCUGCCACAAUCGGUUCCUGGGAAGAUGACCUUGGACACCCGCCUACCCGCCAGGACAAUGCACAAGCACAGCCUGGCACUGCCUGUGUGCGCCCACCAGCCCGUGCAGCGUCAAACAAUGCCAAGCCAACUCCUGCUGUGCAGCAACCUCAUUCAGUCCAACCAGCUCCACAAAAGUCUGUUGACAGCGGUCAGCAGCCCAUGGUUUACUCUCCAGUCAAAUCAACCAGGGUGGUUCCACCUAAUCCUCAGAAGACUGAGUUGCCUCAACCCAGACUCGCUCAAGUGGUUCCCUCUCCUGUUUCAAGCCCAUUAAAGAUUUACUCCUUGACCCAGCCCUGCAGUCCACUCAAAUCUUUGACAGCUUCUCCCUCUAGUCCCCAUAGAGUUCACAUCCCUCCAAGCCCCUUGAAGAAUCAAGGCCCAUUGAACAAGUAUUAUUCAGGAUCACCUAAUUCAAAUCUUGCAAAACCAGUUUUGGCACCUAAAUCCUCUUAUUUUGCUGAUGCUGCUGCUGUUCCUCCAAGUUGUGAGCGAUUUACCAAGGACACAACACCCUUACAGCAAAGAGGCCCAGCUGGAGCUUCUGGAGGUGUCAAGUCAUUUUUGGAGCGUUUUGGGGAAAGGUGCCAGGAGCGAAACCAGAGCUCUCCCUCCACAUUAGGAGGUCAAGGCCUCACACCUGCGGCAACUCCCUCUCCUACCCCCAAGUCUAGGCUGCUCCAGGAGAGGUUGGGAGGUGCCCAGGCAACCUCCUGCACUGCCAUGCUCACUCAGAAGCAGAAAAUGGAACGAGAGACAGAACUGGCGCAAGUUCGUAAUCGAUUUCAGAAAGGCAACAUGUGGAAAAGCAAAGAGGAUCUCUCUGAGGUCAAAAAUGAUUCUGAAAUCAAGGAAAUUGAACCGCCUGUACAGAGUCAGACUUCUGCACCACUGCUUGAUAAUGAGCUUUCAGCACCAGUCCUUGAAAUACUCAACAUUCCUUCCAAAUCUAGUGGAAAAGACAGAAAGUGUGCUCUCCCAAUCCCAGUAACAGAAGUUGAAUGCAAAGUAGAGAUGCCUGAAAUCAAAGAGCAAGGUGAAGUGAAAGAGACAGAAGUGCAUGAGAUUGAGAUGAAUGUGGAUGGUUCUGUGAACUCUGAGGUGAUAAACGAGCUCUUUGAUGGAGUUCUUGAGGAAAGUGAUGAGGAGCAAGAUGCCUUAAAUAUCUCUUCCAUGUCUAUCCUUGCUCCACUGGCAGAGACAGUAGCUGCUGUGGUCAAGAGCCCUGAGAGGAAGCUUAUGACGUCCACUCCUGCCAGCUCAUUCAGUGAAAAGAGUUCCACCCCACAGGGGGUAUCCAGGCCCAGUAAGUUCCAAAGAACACGCAUGUUACAGGCUGAAUCAUCUGACAGCAUUGACAACAUAGAUGCGGAGCAAAACCAGAACCUUCCCUACAGCAUUGAUGCCUACAGAUCCAUAAGGGUUAAGAAUGAGUCAGAGAAACCUCAUGUUAAACAGGUGAUCGUGAGAAAUGAGAAUGUGUCUCAGAGAAUUGAGACGACUGGGAGCGCCAGUUGCAUCAACAUUAAACAGAAAAUGAAGAUGUUGACCAAUGAGAUGAACCUGCAGCAGACUGUGAUCCAUCAAGCUAGUCAAGCUCUCAACUGCUGCACAGAUGAGGAACAUGGAAAAGGAUCUCAAGUGGAGGCCGAGGCAGAGAGACUGCUGCUUAUUGCAACUGAGAGGAGGGCUGCCCUGAAGGCUGAGCUGGACCGGCUAAAGGCAGAGGGUCCAACAGCACAGAAGAAAAGCGCCUGCAGUGCACAGGUGGAUAUCGGUAUAACUGCUUCUAAAGGCUCCAUCUCACUGCUGGAGCUGCGACUCCCCCUAAAGGCUGACUUCAUCUGCUCCUCUGCCAACAAGCCUGAAUGUGGAAACCAUUACUUCUUUGUGAUGAUCCGCGCUGGAGCUGAGAACACAGUGGCGACUCCUCUUGCAAGCACUCGCAAUGCUCUAAGUGGUGAUGCUCUGACCUUCACCACCAAAUUCACUUUGUCUGAUGUCUCUAAUGACUUUGAGAUUGAUAUUGAGAUCUACUGUUUGGUUCAGAAACGGGAGCUGAACCCUGACAAGAGGAAAAAAAACAAAUCAAAGGCUAUCACACCAAAGAGGUUCCUCGCUAUCUCUAAGAGCAACCUUCAAACACCUGUAAUGGCCAGCCCCGGCGGUCCAAAUGUGGUGCGCACCAGCGGCUUUGUCCUCGUUGGAUCACACAAGUUAACUUUAGCCUCUAUUGGGAAAAACAGAUUCCCUUUGGAGAAGAUCAAAUAUGAAGGGAGUGAGAGAGAACUGCUCAGUGACAUGUUUCACUACAAGGUUCCUUUUCUUUGUCCUUUGGAGGGGCACAUUUACCUGAAAAUGCAGUGCGAGGUUGGCUCUCGUGUAGAGGAGUGGGGUUUCCUGACUAUGUUUGAAGAUGUCAGUGGUUUUGGAGCCUGGCACAGGAGAUGGUGUGUCCUUUCAGGAUACUGCAUCUCAUAUUGGACCUACCCUGAUGAUGAGAAACGGAAGAAUCCUAUGGGUCGCAUUAACCUUGCCAACUGUACCAGUCGUAAAGUGGAGCCAGCUAACAGGGAGUUCUGCGCCCGGCCCAAUACUUUUGAGCUCAUCACCGUGAGGCCACAGAGGGAGGAUGACAGAGAGACUCUAGUUAGCCAGUGCAAGGAUACCCUGUGUGUUACAAAGAACUGGCUGAGUGCUGACACUAAGGAUGAGAGGAACCUAUGGAUGCAGAAGCUCAACCAGAUAUUGGUAGACCUGCGUAUGUGGCAGCCAGAUUCAUGCUACAAGCCCAUGUGAGCCUGUCUGUCUGAGAUCAAGGGCCAAACAUAUCUAGGUCUGACUUUCUCACUGACUGUGUACAUGCCUGAUUUGGAAGUGCAAUAUGGUUUCAAAGUUACAGAGCAUUUACAGAUCCAUUUUACAAGCUUCUCAUUUUAGAUUUGACAAAGUCAAAUGUAGAUGGGAUAAGAAAAAAAAAAUCAAAGCCAUAAGGGAGACAUUUCAAUUAAGGACUAAAUGCUUUGCCUUACACAGGCUUUCAGGUAUAUGUUGUGUUGAUGAGCAUGGCUUACUUUAAUGAAAGUUUGUUUACUUUGUUAGACUGUCAAUUGUUAUAUGUAUGAAUAUAUUUAAACAUGUCUUUUGCAUGACUGUUGUCUGCUGAAAUAAGAUUGUCCAGAAUUUUCUUCAUUGCUUUAGGCAAGUAGAAGACAAGAAUUUACAAAAUCGAAGAAAAUAUUAUCUUUAUAUGAAUCACACACUAAUUGUCACAAUUUGGUGACAAAACAGAUUUAUUUAUCCUCAAAUAUUAGAAGCUCUUCAACUUAAACUCAUUAUUUUUUUAAUAUAUAAUUUGUAAACAGGUAUACUUGCUGUUUGUGAUUGCUUUUUACUUCUUUACUCUAACUCGUCCUUCGCAGGUAUCAGGAUUUUGUUUAAAUAGCUAAAGGGUUUGGAUGGAUUUUUUAUUUUUUUUUUUUUUUAUUUUUUUUUU